AUGGGAUCUAGUUCUACACAAAACAUUGGAUUUAAGAGAAGAAGAAAACCUAUCAAAUCAUGUGCUUUCUGUAGAGGAAGGAAACUCAAAUGUGAUAAGAAUAAACCAAUAUGUAAUCAAUGUCUCAUGAGGAAGCACCCUACAUGCAUUUAUACCGAAACUUUUAAUAUUCCAAUCCCACAAGAACAACUAUAUGGAAAAAUGCCAAAUAUUGAACUUUUAGCAAAGAUACAAGAGCUCGAAAAGACGAUAGAGGAGAUGAAUAAAAGAAUAUCAGACCAAGUUUCAAACUUAAAAGCUGCAGAUAGUGGAAAGAGUACUAUUAAUACUGAAGUAUUUGAUAAUAAUGUCGAUGAAAACUUUUCUGAUAGAGAAACUAGCUCAUUGUCUCCUAUUAUUGAUGGGAAUGAAAAUAUGAAUGUGAUACCUGGUCCUGCAGAAAAAGUUACCUUACCAAUUAUUCAGUAUGUUGAUAAAGGGAAUUUCUUCAGUCCUUUCAAAAUGGAUGAGACAUUUAACGUAUUAGGUAACCCAUUGCUAAAUUAUAGAAUGAAAGAUAUUGAUGCUGGAAGUAAUAUAACAUUUGGGGUCACAGCAUGGAAUACGACUUCAACUGCUGAGAAAGUUCCAUUUCGAAAAGAAUAUAUUAAAAUACAGGAAAAAAUAUUACCGAAAGUCCAAAAAUGGAAACACAAGAGAAAUAUAAAUUUAUAUAAUGUCAAUUCUUUGGUCGAUCAUCGAGAUACAGACGGUUGCAUUCUGGAAUCAGUAGCAAGGACAUUGCCUCCUUUGCAGGACAUAAGAGCUUGUCUGGAUAAAUAUUUUAAAGGCAUUCAUGACUUUUUUCCUAUCUUGGAUCCUACAGUUACUAUCCAGAAUUUUCAAAAGUAUUUUAGAGAGGAUUCUGAAGCUGAACAAAUUCAUGGAGGACAUGGAACUAAAUUAUCUGUUCCCGAUAAUAAAGCCAUUUUUGAGGUGGCUAUUAUUCUUUCGAUACUCUCAGAUAUAAUAUUCACUCAUCAAAUUCCCGAACCGAUGGAACAAUUUUUUCUUAUCUUAUAUGGCACUUCAUCUUCCGAAUUUUGUGACGUUGAAAGAGCUCAGUUCCUUCUUUUACAAUAUUUUUCUAAAGUUUAUCACAAGAGAAGUGGUAAAUGGAAUCAUUCAAACCUUGUCGAGUUGGUGGAUUUGUUAUGCCGGUGCUGCAUAAACUUGGGUUUGAAUGAUGUAUAUUAUUUAGCAACAGAUAAAGAUACUGCAAUAAUGAAAUGGAUAUGGAGGUUUACUCUGUUUGCUGAUAUUUCAGUUUCUUUCGAUAUGGGAAAACCGUUAUUCAUAUCAGACAGUUAUCUGUGGGACACUACACAAACGAAUCAGGUCGAAAUGAGAAGGGAAACCAGUAUGGAUACGUUUAUAAUAACAAGUCGCCGUUGCAUAAAUAAAUUAUAUGAGAAAACCAACAACGUUGAUAUAGGAGCUUUGAUAGCUUUACUGGAGGAAUUUAUCAAAAUUCACUUCCCGAUUAGGGCCAAUUAUACAGAUUCAAAGGGAAUGAAAUCGCAAAUCGAUUUAUUUGAUAUUUUACUUCUAUCUCCUACUCUUGGACUACUAUUAAACCUGCACCACAUUAAAACGUGUUUAUUUAAGGAUAUUUCUAUUCGAACUAAAAAUGGUAUUGCAAAGUAUGGGCUACUUUCCGUAACUCUAUGUGUUAACACGAUUCUUACAUUGUAUGCUCUGGAUAAACAAGAAGAAAAUAUUUCCUCUAAUAGUGUUUCACAUUUACCACCACAUUUGAAUUUUGCCCAAUGGUUGCUAAAUUCUUUACCUAUGAGGUGCAUAACGGAAAUCUUUAGUUGUCUAUUCGGUGGGCUGACGGUUUACGACAAAAGCAACAUAUUAUUAUCGAAAAGUAACUGGAGCUCGAAGGAUCUGUCCACAAGAGAUAUACACAUUCCUAUUGAUCAGUACUUUUCUCUACCUUCUGUUAUAAAUCAACUGAUGGAGGUUCUGGAUCGUAUUUGUGCCCCGUCAAUGAUGGAUUUACAAAAUAUAUUAUCCACUUCCCUAUCAUUCUACACAUUAUUAGAAUUUCAACAAAUUGGGAGACGACUAAUUGAAAAGAGUUUAGCGUCGAGAAUGCAGACAGAGGAAGUAUGGUCUAAAAGAGGUGUUAAUUUUAAGGAAUUAUCCGGUAAAGCAUUUUCAAAUUUUACUGAUGAAGUAUGGGAUACUUAUGAGCUGCAAACCAAAGAUAUAUGGGAUAAUAUAUAA